UUAGGGAUUUUAAGAAUUCUGAUAUGUUUAUUGCUUUUGGUGGAAUAAAGGGAGAAGGGUCCCCGUUGGCAAUCUUGGCAGGAAGAAGAAUCCACCCGAGAAGGAGGAAGGAGGUGGGUAAAAGAAGGUACACGGUAAAUCUGAAAGUCUGGAUCUGCCACAGCAAUCCCAGAUUCGUUUGGGCGAGAGAAAUCGGAGGAUACACAGAACCGCAAGAAGAUACCGGCACCGAGUUCAUAAGCCCCGGAGAUGGUCAUCAAUUCCAGCGAAAAGCUACCAAUCUGAAGAUCUGUGGUUUGGGUUAUAAAUCCAUGUUGAAGAGGAUCCAUUGUGGAGAACGAGAUUGGCGACGGAAGGAAACCAGAUUUGCUUGUCCUGACAUUUGAAGGUGAUAAGUCGAUAUUGAUGGUUUUGGUUCAUCUCUCACAUUUGUUAUGAUUAGAUGCAUAUUCUUAACUAUGUUCUCUGGUUUCUGUUGCCCAAACGGUUCCGCACGAAGAAGUCUCGGUUGUGAGGAUCCCUCUCCGACGAAGCAAAAUCCGAAGAUGGUGUGUGGGCGAUUCUCAAGCCAGA